AUGACAAACAACUUAAAAAUAAUUCCUAAUUUUCCUAAAAAUUUUUAUUCACUAGAAGCUUUUAAACCUUUAGGUAAAUUUUUGGAUAAAAAUUUAAAUGAAUUAAUUAAUACAGGUUUAGAUAUUAUAUCUCCUCUUUAUGACUUAUAUCUAAAUUAUCCUACAGAGUUAACUAGUUUAGCUUCUUUUAUUCCUGCUAUCUUUAUUUAUAAAAGUAUAGUAAAUUUAUAUUCAAAUAUAGCUUUUAAACACACACCUACAAACUUCUCACCGAUAGAUCUUCAUCCAUUUACACAGAUGAAAAGUAAAGAAGUAAAACUUUUUAUGAAUUUAGGUACUCCUUUCCUUCUGUGGAUCGUAGGUAUUUUAUAUGCAAUAAGAAAUAUACUUUUUCAAUACAAAAUUACUUUAACAAUAGAUAACUCUAUUGUAUCUGAUAAUUUCACUUCAAAUACAAAUAAUGAAGAUAAUUUAAAUAGUGGUUUUGGAAUAAUUGCUUUUUUAAAAAAUAAAAAACCUUUUUGAAUAAAAGAAAUUAUAGUAAUAGGGAUAAGUUUAUACUUUUUAAACUAUUUAUAUAAAAAUUUAGAAUCUAAUGAAAAUAAUAUUUUAAGUUCUUAUUUUUUAAAUUAUAUUAUUUAUGUAAAAAUAUUUUUUAUUUUUGGUUUGAUUUCUAGUUUAUUUAUGAUUCUUUAUUACAUUUGUACAAUAUAUUUGUUUAUAAUGUUUUCAAAAAAAAAAAUAAGUAAACCUAUUUAUUUACCUGAAUUUAUUUUAAAUUGAAUAGAUGAAAUUCACAAAAUGAGUUUUAUUAAAAAUAAAGGAUUUUUCAUAGAAUUUUAUUUUAGAUUAAUAAUGGUUUAUCUUUUUAUCUUCGUUCUGACUUUUUAUACAUUAAUCUGUUUAUUUAAUAUACAAUAA